UGGCAUCGGUGGUGGUGGUCCCCCCCGCGGGCCACAGCCCCCCGAGGUCACCGGCGUCCAGCUGCAGGCCACCGAGGUGACCAACGUCCAGCUCCAAGCCCUGCCCCAACCCUUGGAGGUCACCAACAUCCAGCUGCAGGCCGCUGAGAUGACCAAUGUCCAGCUGCAGGCCACCGAGGUGACAAGCGUCCAGCUCCAAGCGCUGCCACCGCCCUUGGAUGUCACCAAUGUCCAGCUCCAGGCCACCGAGGUGACCAAUGUCCAGCUCCAAGCACUGCCACCACCCCUCCAAGGUGACCAACAUCCAGCUUCAGGCCACCGAGGUGCCCCAUGUCCACCUCCAGGCCACCAAGGUGCCCAACGUCCACCUCCAGGCCACCGAAGUGACAAGCGUCCAGCUCCAAGCCUUGCCCCAACCCUCAGAUGUCACCAACAUCCACCUCCAGGCCACCGAGGUGACCAGCGUCCAGCUCCAAGCCCUGCCGCCACCCUCCAAGGUCACCAAUAUCCAGCUCCAGCCAGUGAGGUGACCAAUGUCCAGCUCCAAGCCCUGUCACCACCCUUGGAUGUCACCAACGUCCACCUCCAGGCCACCAAGGUGCCCCAUGUCCACCUUCAGGCCACUGAGGUGCCAGUGUCCACCUCCAGGCCACCGAGGUGACCAAUGUCCAGCUCCAAGCGCUGCCACCACCCUUGGAUGUCACCAGCGUCCAGCUCCAAGCCGGUGAGGUGACCAAUGUCCAACUCCAAGCCCUGCCCCAACCCUUGGACGUCACCAACAUCCAGCUCCGAGCCCUGCCACAACCCUCUGAGGUCACCAACAUCCAGCUCCAGGCCACCGAGGUGACCAAUGUCCAGCUCCAAGCCCUGCCACCACCCUCCAAGGUGACCAACAUCAGCUCCAAGCCCUGCCACAACCCUUGGAUGUGACAAAUGUCCAGCUCCAAGCCCUGCCACAGCCAUCAGAGGUGCCCAGCGUCCAUCUCCCGGCCACUGAGGUGUCCAGCGUCCACCUCCAGCCUACUGAGAUGCCCAAUGUCCACCUCCCCCCCCAGGCCACUGAGGUGACAAAUGUCCAGCUCCAAGCCCUGCCACAGCCAUCAGAGGUGCCCAGCAUCCACCUCCAGGCCACCGAGGUGUCCAACAUCCAGCUGCAGACCACAGAGGUCCCCAAUGUCCCUCUCCAAACCACAGAGGUUCCUGAUGUCCGUCUGGAGGCUGCAGAGGUGCCCAAUGUCCAUCUGGAGGCCACGGAGGUGCCCGAUGUCCAUCUGGAGGUCACAGAGGUGCCCAACAUCCAUCUUGAGGCCACGGAGGUGCCCAGUGUCCAUCUGGAGACCACGGAGGUGCCCAGUGUCCAUCUGGAAGCCACGGAGGUGCCCAACAUCCAGCUCCAGGCCAUGGAGGUGGCCACCAUCCAGCUGCAGACCACAGAGGUGCCCAACGUCCAUCUCGAAACCACUGAGGUGCCCAACGUCCAUCUUGAAGCCACAGAGAUGCCCAGCAUCCAUCUCCAAACCACGAAGGUGGCCAAUGUCCACCUCCAGGCCACUGAGGUGACGGACAUCCAUCACCAAACUGUAGAGGUGCCCAGUGUCCAUCUUGAGGAGGCAGAGGUGACAACUGUCCAGCUGCAAGCCACUGAGGUGCCCAACAUCCAUCCCCAGACUUUAGAGGUGACAAAUGUACACCUCCAGACUGCUGAGGUGCCCAGUGUGUGUCACCAAACCACCGAGGUGCCCAGCUCCAUCUCCAAGUCACUGAGUUGCCCAGCAUCCAUCUCCAGACCACAGAGGUGACCGACGUCCAUCUCCAAGACACUGAGAUACCCAGUGUCCAUCACCAGAUGAUGGAGGUGCCCAACAUCCAUCUCAAGAUCACAGAGGUGCCCAACGAUGCGAAGAUGAUGGAGGUGCCCAGUGACCAUCUCCAGGCCACUGAGGUGCCCAGCACCUGUCACAAAAUGAUGGAGGCGCCCAACGUCCAACUCGGGGCCAUGGAGGAGGUGCCCAAUGUCCAGCUCAAGGCCAUGGAAGAGGUGCCCAACAUCCAACUCAAGUCCAUGGAGGUGCCCAACACCCAACUCAAGCCCAUGGAAGAGGUGCCCAACAUCCAGCUUAAGACCGUGGAGGUGCCCAGUGUCCAACUUCAGACCGUGGAGGUGCCCAACAUCCAAGUAAAGACCAUGGAGGUGCCCAACGUCCAACUCGAGCCCAUGGAGGAGAUGCCCAACACCCAACUGAAGCCCAUGGAGGUGCCCAACACCCAACUGAAGCCCAUGGAGGAGGUGCCCGACACUCAACUCAAGCCCACGGAGGUGCCCAACGUUCAACUCAAGCCAUGCAAGAGAUGCCCCAAUGUCCAACUUAAGCCCGUGGAGGUGCCCAGCGUCCAACUCAAGCCCGUGGAAGAGGUGCCCAACGUCCAACUCAAGCCCGUGGAAGAGGUGCCCAACGUCCAACUCAAGACCAUGGAGGUGCCCAACGUACAACUGAAGCCCCACGGAGGUGCCCAGUGUCCACCUCCAGGCUGCAGAGGUCCCCGAUGUCCAGCCGCAGCCCCCCGAGGUGCUCCUGGCGGGGGGGAGCCGUCCCCCCUCCCCCCCCCCACGGCUGGCAGUGGUGGGGUCCACCGGGGGGCUGCCCCCUGUGCUGCUGCUGCGGGGGACAGGUGGGGGGUCCUGCCCGCCUCUGCCUGCAGGCGCUGGCCCAGCUGCCCCCCCCCGGCUCCCCCCGCCUCCUCCUGGUGCGGGGGGAGCCGGGGGGGGGCACUGCUGCGGGGCAGCCCCCUACCCCAGCCCGGGGCGGGGCUGGGGGUGGGAGUGGUGGUGGUGGGACAGGGACGGGACCCCCUGCCCCCGAGCUGCCCAGUGUCCCCCUGGUUCACACCUUCUGAGGGGGGGACCCCCGGACCCCACCCCCGCGGAGCCAGAGCUGGGGGAGGGGGGCAGGGGUCCCACUUUGGGGGGGGGUGGGGCCGGACCCCCAGGGGCCCCCCCCGGGACCCCCAAGAUGCCCCAGGGGCCCCUCCCCCAAGAACCACCCCAGGCUGCUCCACUACGCCCCCCAUGAGCCCCCGCGCGGGGGGGGCGGGGCCAGGGCCGUGGGCGUGGUCAAUAAACGGUGCCGCCCCCUCCUUGCA